AUGGUAGAUUCUACUAAAGAAAUGGCUGACAAAAAGAUUAGGAUUAAUUGGAAGCAAGAAGGAGUCGGUAAAACCUUUCUCGAAUCAUGUAUUCAUGAAAUUACACUUCAUGGACGUGAGGGUAGUAGCCUGAAAGCAAUUUCAUGGAAGAGAGUUGCUGAAAAAUUGAAAAUAGAACAUGAUUUUAUAGUGGAUCAAAAACAAAUGAAGAAUCGCUAUGAUUACUUGAAAUCAAAAUUUGCAGCUUGGUCAAAGCUUAAGAACAAAACUGGAAAUGUUUAUAACCCUCAAACAAACACCUUUAACUUAACGGAAGAGGAAUGGCAACUUGAGAUCAAGUCCAACAAAUUCGUAGAAAAGUUGAGAAGAGUGCCACUUGAUUAUCCCGACUUGUGUAUUCAAUUGUUUGAAGGAUCUACUUCAAAUGGUUUUGAUAGUUGGGGGCCAUCUUCUACAAUUCCUCAUCCUUCUAUGGAAAUGAUUGAUCAAAUUGCUCCUGUGGACAUUGAUGGCACUCAAAUGGAACAUGGGGCUAGUGAAGAGUCUUCUGAUCGGUCUAAACAAAAACGAAAAUCAUCAACUGAAGGUGUUAGUUAUGAGUCAUCGGGUCGGUCUAAAAAAGGGAAACAAACAUUCAAUGCACAUCUCAUGGAAGUUGGGGAGGAUAUAAGGAAGGUGGCAAACAUGUUGCUUGAGAAACACAACCAGUCUAAUGAUAUACAUGCAUGCAUGGAGAAGCUUGAGACUUUGGGAUGGGAAGAAUUUGAUGCGAAACAUCAAACGGCGCUUUUGCUUUUUGGUGAAAGUGCUAAUUUGAGGAAAGCGUGGUUAGAACUUAAGCCGCACACUUGUGAAAUGUGGGUUAAGAACGCGAGAGCGAAGUAUGGAUUAUUUUAAUGUUGUGUUCUAGUUGCCUUUUGAUAGCUAAACUUUGAGCUAUGUUAGUAUGUGUUUUUUUAUAGCUAAACUUUGAGC